AUGAAAACCAGCGUAAUCUCUUUCAACCCACGUAAACAUUCAUUUCACGCGGAUUGGAACCUUGAUCUCCAUGGGUUUCUCACUCGUGACGAGUUGGACAAGCGGGUCAAUGAAAUUAAUGAUCGAAUCCGUGACUGUCCUUUGUUGAAUGUGAGAUUAGCGAGAAUUUGCAUGUACAUUUCAAUCGUAAUUACACUGUUUAUCAGUAUCGGGUUAUUUAGCAAAAGUACAUUUCUUGGUGGCACAUUCUUCGUACUCUUUCUUGUCGGAGUUUUCGGGGGCGGAUAUUAUAUUGAUCGUAUAGCGAGCACUCGCGCAAAAAUUUUUACUGAUGCCGUGAGAAAUUUGUUCGUUGAAUAUAACAAUCGAGACAACCCAACCGCCAACUGGAGUAUUGAGUGGUGCACCGCCAUCACCAAAUUCAAGGUAAAGAAGGGGUCGAUCAAGCCGAGAUAUGCCGACUAUGUCGUGAUAGAGCUCGAUAUAUCGGACGCACUAUCUACCCUUACGGCCAAUACCGUUUUCGUGAAUCUUCCUGUUUCAAAUUCAACCAAACAAUUCGUUCCGCACAUGGCUGGUCCUUACCAAGUAUAA